CGUCUGUAACCUGGAAAGUAAUUUAACUGAUAAAUGGAAAAGAAACUCCACUUAGUGUUUAAUGAAUUUUAGGAAUCAUGAUUAAAACCAUGAUUCUCCAUAACCAUAGAACUGUUUCUAAAACAAAACAAAUCCUGUCUAAAUAGUUGCGAAAGUGAGAGAGAGAUUUCUACUGAGAUCCGGUACCGCAGAUUUUAAAAAGUUAAAUGAAGCAGUUAGAGCUGCACGAUUAUUCAUUAUUAUUAAUUAAUACAAAUUUAUGGGAUUUUAUCGAUGCCACAGUUGUUUUUUUACAACUAUUUCUUUUAUAACGAGUAAUUUAGGUCUAUAGCUUAAUCCAUCAUAAUCCAUCAUAUUUUGCUAGAAUAACCAGAAUUUGUAAAGACUGUUGAAAGUUUGUUAAUCACAAAAAGAGGAGUGUAUGUUGUUGUACUGAUUACUGUUUUUCUAAAAUAACAAGAAAACAUGUUAGUUUGUACUUUUAGUCCAUAUAAGCAGUUUAUGUUUGGUUAUAUUGGCUUUGCUUAAAAAAAAAUAGUUUUGAAAAAAUUGGAGAUUGAAUUUAUAGGAGAUAUUGCUCAGCUCUAAAAGCAGUGUGUUUGUCACAUGCAGUACAUGAGAAUGGUGGUGCAUGGAGCAGUGAUUAAUACAUGUUAAAAAACAUGAUAAUGGAGAAUUUUACAGUUUACAAUGGAGAAGUGCAGGCACAGGCGAGAUAUAAUAAUAUGUCUGUAUGUGUGUGCAUAAGGAAUGUAAUAGUCACUGGUGCCUUGGCGCAGCUGUGUGAUGUGCGAGGGAUUAGUCAGUGGCCUGGCCAGGCAUGCUGCUACACCUGUGCAGGUCUGCGAUGAUGUGUUUGUGAAGUCCACUGUUGUACUGCCUGAGAUCUUACAAGAGCAAUAAAGCUAAGGAAUAAUGCCUCCGCUCUGUUCCUAGCCAGAAGGCAGCAGACCAGAGCCUCAAGCAGGAACACGCAACACUAAGCGCACUAAUUGCCCAGCGACUCUUCCAAGCUCUUUAACUGACACAAGGGCUGAGUGUCAGAAGCACCAUGAAGCCCUUACUGCCUCUGCAGCUAUCCCUGCUCCUCUUCCUGCAGUUGGUAUCCUGGGCAUUGGCCAGUAAAUGUCCAAAAGACUGUUCCUGUUCAAGUCCAGACUCCAUUUUUUGUUAUACGCGCCAGGCCACUACGAUGCCUUCUGACGUACCUGCAUCAACAUUAAACCUGUAUGUCUUCAAGAAUGGAAUUGAGACUAUAGACCAGGAAGAUUUUAUUGAGUUGGAAAGCCUAGAGAUGCUUGACCUAAGUCAGAACAAACUAAAUGAACUGCCAGACCGUGUUUUUGAGCCACUAUCUUCGCUACGUAACCUGGAUCUCUCCUCUAAUCAAAUCACCCAUAUUUCACAGGAGAGUUUUGCUGGACUGAAGUUGCUAGAAAGGCUGUAUCUUUACAGCAACCUUAUUCGGACCAUACACCCUGCAGCCUUUGAUGGUCUGGAAAUGUUACUUGAGUUAAAGCUGUACAAAAAUGAACUGACAAUAGUACCUGCUCUUAAAAUGCCUCAUCUGCUUCUCCUGGAUUUGCGGUUCAAUAAAAUUCCUUCACCAGGGCCAACUGUUCUUCAGACACCCAAAUUGGAGUCGCUUAAAUUGGGUGGAUUAGGGCUGAGCACCCUGAAUCAGGAGCUCUUAGCCAGCUUCAGAAACCUUCAUGAGCUGGAUAUUUCAAAUAAUAAACUAAAGGUUGUUCCUCAAGUGCUGUGGGAGGCAAGGGGCCUAGUCAGACUCAAUUUAGCUGGCAAUCCCAUGGGUCCUUUGAGGUGGGAACAUUUUGAGAACCUGACUGAGCUUCAGGAUUUGGACAUCAGCAACCUCAGCCUGCAAAGCUUGCCUGAUAACAUGACCCACCUCUUCCCACAUAUGAAAAAACUGACUGUUGCAGAGAAUCCCUUUAACUGUCUCUGCAAACUUGCCUGGUUUCCAAGCUGGCUGCGUAAUAAACAGAUAUUGCUGGGUAGGACAGAGGAGACACGCUGUCAUUUUCCACCUCGAAAUGCAGGAAAGGUGCUAGAAAGACUGGGACAUCACGAAUUUGGAUGCCCUGCAAAGACUACUAUCAGUCCAGCUAAGACCACUACACUGUCCCCACCUCUGAUCACCACUUUGCAAAGCACAACCCAUGCAAUUCCCCCACUUAAGGCCAGUGGUGACCCUCCUCCAGGGACAGACAGUCAUCCUCUUCCUCCAGUCCAAGCCUCCCCAAGCAGCAGUACUGGCUUAGAUCCGAACAUAAAUUGUCCAUCUAAUAUCUGCCUAAAUGGAGGGACAUGUUGGCUGGAUCAUCAGGGUCGCUUUGAGUGCACUUGUCCUCAUGGGACUUCAGGAAAAUAUUGCGAGAAUAGAAAGGAUUUGGAUCAAGACCAAAAUGUCUCUAUUGCAACAGUAAGUGUGGUGCCUGAAAUUGUAGCCCAAACAGUAACAAGCUCAUCUAUACAGCUGGACCUUUAUCGCUAUAUUGAAAGACGUCCAUAUAUCCGUGGUGUCAAACUAACUUAUAGAAACCUCUCAGGAUUGGAUAAACGUGCAAAGCAACUCAAUAUUCCAGCCUCUUAUCAAGAGUACACAUUGCGAGGACUGUUUCAUAAUUCCACAUAUUCCAUCUGUGCCAGUCCACUGGAUGAGACUAGUGAUGUAGACAGUGUAUGCACAGAGGCUCAAACAUUAAACCAGCAACAGACUAGUGCACAAGUAGAGAAUCCACAGCUAACAACAAUGCUUGUGCCAACAUUGACUAUUCUUGUCCUAGUAAUGCUGGUGGCUGUUUCUGUUGGUCUGGCAUGGUACAGACACAGGAAAAAAAGAGAACAAUUACACCUGUAUUGUGACCCUUCACAUUUGGAAUUGGAAGGUGUUAAAGCAGGUAUGGACAAUGGAGCCCUGCCUCAAAAACAGACAGAUAUAAUGUCUGCUCAGUCUGCAGCACAGAAAGAUUACUUGGACUAUGAGGUACCGCUCAUACAAGAUUGCUGUGUUGCGCACAAUAUGAACAUUGUAAAGCCAUCCUGAGUUUGAUACUUGGGGCUGUCUGUUGAAGCAUCUUUGAUCAAAACCAAAAAUCUUAUUUUUUGGCGAAAAUGUAGCACAAAAACUAAUGGUUGAACCAUUUUAGGCAUGAUUUUACCUAUAUGUGAAACUCAAAAUCAGUUAUACUUGGUGAACAAUGCCCAACAUGUGUGAGAAAAUGAAGAGGACUCAUUUAGUUACUUUAAAAUUAUAGUGAUAAUUGUGUUGCCUUUGAUUGUGAAAUAUGAAGGUCACAAUUUAUGCAUUUGGAUGUAUAUUAUUGUUUGAGUAGUUGGUUUGUUUUUCGUUACAUAUACAUGUCUUUCUUCCUUUAGCACUUGUCACUAUAAAGCAGACAACAAAAUUCAAAACUCUUAAAACGUUUAACAGGCUUUUACCUACAAAUCAAUCAAAAAGUUUGUUUCUCUAAAGGCAGAAGUUCUAAAAUAAAAUUAAGUGUACUGUAUACAUGAAUCUAACUAAAGCCCUGGCUAUAUGUGAGUUUAGAUUUUAGUCUCUUUCCCCCAAAGUAUAGCUUUAGAAACAAAGGUUAUUAAAUUCAGAAAAGUAGACAUUCAACUUAAAUCCACUGCACUACAUGAAUUUUAUAAUCUGCAUCAGACACUGGUAAUGGUUUUACUUUCUGUUUAUACCUUUCAUUUCAUUACAAUAAUGAGUAAGCAGUGAAAAAAACCUUCUGCACCAUAACCACUUUGAACAAGUAUUCACUAUGUCUGACACAAGUACCAUAAACCAUCUUGUUGUAACAUACAUUUAAGGUAAAUAUGUAUUUUUAUACAGAUGUACUGUUUCUGUGUUAAUGUUUAAUAUGCAGUAAAGACAAAAAGGGACAUUAGCUGCAUAAUUCUAUGAUUGGGUAGUCAUUUGUGUCCCACUGAUAUUUAAAUACAGUAAUGUUGAAAUGCAUUUUCAACACAGGUAAAGACAUAUGGCUUUUUUCAUUUUUAAAUAUAAUCAUUGAAAACAAUGUUUUUGCACUAAUGUGUGAAUCCAAUAGAUGUCUUCCACUUGGACCUUUCUCACAAGUUGUCCAGUAUACUAGGUUCAAUAGAAGAAGAAUUUUUGUGCAUUUCCCUCAGGCUUAUAUUGAUGGAGAUCUCAUUGAAUGCGACUCAAUGUGAACCAAAUUAUAGAAUAAAGAAACUAAAUUAUUCAUUUAAAAAAAAUAUUAACAUUAAAAUGUCUUUAAAAUAUCCAAAUUUUGUUCAUUUGCUGAUUUUACAAUAUAAUUUGACACUGAUUUUACACUAAAACCACAACAAAAUGUAAAUUUGCACUAAGAUUGGUUGUUACCCUCAUGCAUGUUUCCAAAGUUUCAAAACUCCCAAAACUUUUUUAGGGUUCCAAAUGGCACCAGAGGUGUUAAACCACCCCAAUUAAAUGAAUGCAGCUAUUGUCCUGCUUAAACACAAAUAAUGUACUCUUGGUUGUGCGCAUUAAUUACGAGGUUGAAUAGAUGUCCUAGAGCACAGUAACUCCCAAAAUAUCCAGACCUAAUUUUAAUGUAAUUGAGUAUAUUUCUCAAAUGAGAAUGGUGAUUCUGGAUAGAAACAAAGUACAGAAGACAUCUCUCUUUAAAGCUAUAUUCCCAAAAAAUCCUCCCCCCCCCCCCC